AUGAUGAUGGAGUCCAGUAUCAACAGCGCAACAAUCUUACCACCCUACGAAGAAGAAUUCGAACCAGUUGAUAAUCUUCAUUGGACUCCAGAAACAGCAAACAGCAUUUAUUUGUUUUGGAUACACCAGCUUCAAGCAUCGAGUGGUUAUUACAGAAAUGUUGGUUUUUCCAGUGGCGUGGCUAAAACGACUACCUUGUUAUACGCCCAUGAGGUUGCCGAUUUUUUGUUAAGCAUUGCUCCAAGAUUCAUCAAACAACCACGCCCGGAGGAAUACCCAAAUUUAACAACAACUGUUAGAGAUGUUGAUGGUAAUAACAAAUAUAUCAUACGCUAUAAUGACGGUGUAAUCACUCGAAUUCAACGCCCAGACCAUGCAGGAGAUGCAUAUUUUUGUGGACAUGGAAAAUCAUGUGACUCUAUUAAUGUCCAGUAUGUUUGUGAUAAAUUCGGAAGGAUUCGGCAUGUCAUAUCUGGACUACCUGGUUCAACCCACGAUAAAAUUGCAGCAGAAUGGUCUCCUGAAUUCAUGCAGUAUAUCUGCACACACUACCGAACGACGUCGUUGUUUUAG